CUUCUCCGACAGAACACCAAAUGGCGGAUGACGCCGGUGCAGCGGGAGGGCCCGGAGGCCCCGGGGGCCCUGGAAUGGGAGGCCGUGGCGGCUUUCGCGGAGGCUUCGGCAGCGGCAUCCGGGGCCGGGGUCGCGGCCGCGGUCGGGGCCGGGGCCGGGGCCGUGGAGCUCGCGGAGGCAAGGCCGAAGACAAGGAGUGGAUCCCCGUCACCAAGCUGGGCCGCUUGGUCAAGGACAUGAAAAUCAAGUCCCUGGAGGAGAUCUAUCUUUUUUCUUUGCCCAUCAAGGAGUCCGAGAUUAUCGACUUUUUUCUGGGGGCGUCUCUUAAGGAUGAGGUUUUGAAGAUUAUGCCGGUGCAGAAGCAGACUCGUGCUGGCCAGCGGACAAGGUUCAAGGCAUUUGUCGCCAUCGGAGACUACAACGGCCACGUCGGCCUGGGUGUUAAGUGCUCAAAGGAGGUAGCCACCGCCAUCAGAGGGGCCAUCAUCCUGGCCAAGCUCUCCAUUGUCCCGGUGCGGAGAGGCUACUGGGGAAACAAGAUUGGCAAGCCCCACACCGUCCCUUGCAAGGUGACUGGCCGCUGUGGCUCUGUGCUGGUGCGCCUCAUCCCUGCCCCCAGAGGUACUGGCAUCGUCUCGGCUCCUGUGCCCAAGAAAUUACUGAUGAUGGCUGGUAUUGAUGACUGCUAUACCUCAGCCAGGGGCUGCACAGCCACCCUGGGCAACUUCGCCAAGGCUACCUUUGAUGCCAUCUCCAAGACCUACAGCUAUCUGACUCCCGAUCUCUGGAAGGAGACUGUGUUCACCAAGUCUCCCUAUCAGGAAUUCACUGACCAUCUUGUAAAGACCCACACCAGAGUCUCUGUGCAGAGGACCCAGGCUCCAGCUGUGGCUACAACAUAGGGUUUUUAUACAACAGAAAUAAAGUUAAUUAAACCCGCUAA